CACAUAUACGUCCAUCAAAAGCGGGCCACUGCAUAUACGCGUGAUGUAUCGCUGGUGUCCGUGAAAGUCGAUGACCGGUCGUCCAACACCAGGCCAGCGGCAUUACCUAGUACGUAUACGGGCUCUACCGCUCACUGGUAUCAUAUUUCUCGCUGUGAGCACGGCACCGGCGCACGAAGAGCGUGAGCAACGCGACUCACGUCAUAUUGCGGGUCACUCCACUCACCGCCGUCCACCCCUCCUCGUCCGACCUCCACCCUCCACUGCUGGCAUGUCCUCUAUAUACUUGCCCACAGUUCCACGUCCGCACGCACGACGUUACUCUCCGUACGUGUACCACUGGCGUUCUGUGGAGGAACGAUGACCGAUCGAGCGCUCAUAACGCAGAUGCACAAUAAGUACGAGGAGGAGGCCAGUGGAGGAGCUGCGC